UCAAAAGUACUACGCAUAUCAUCAAAAGCAACACUUCAGCGUACAAGUAGUUCUUUUGAAAGAGUAAACUGGGAAAGGUUUAGUAUUGAUGUCACAUGAGACAUGCAACCCUGUGUGACUAUUCUUGCAGUAUAUUUGACUAUAACGUUGAAGUGGAAGUGGAAUUGUGAGGCUUUCGAUUUGACAGACUGCUUUCUUAGCACACCUGUAAGUGAUACAGCAGCAUGCUCCACUCUCGCUUCUAGUUUUGAUGUGUACACCUACAGUAUCAACGACUUCAAAUGUGUCAAGAAUUCAUACAAUGGCUGUUCUUACAACGAAAAUACCUUUAGGGAGAAGGAGGAAUGCCAAGAAGUUGCCGAACCUAUUUGCGGAAUACUAAAACCGUUCUUGAAGGAAAGCCGGAAAACUUAUAAUGGGAAGCAUCAGUCAACAGCAGAUAAUUUCUGGCCUUAAAGACUGUUUUCUCAUUUAGAUAUUCUCUCCUUAGGGCCUGUAUUUUAAGGAAUUUUGAAUAGCGCAAGAGCAAAAUUUAUCCAAAGCUUUGAAGUUAUGUAUAUAAUGUAUAAAAAUGAGAACAGCUAUGCAAAGUCAAAUUGUAAAUGCUUGAAAGAAUGUAGGUUUUUCUUAUCGGAAGUCUGAGAAUACUUCCUUGAAUUUUAAUGAUAUAAAUGUUGAGACACUAUCUCUAUAUCGUAUUCUGAGUGACAAAGCUAGUUCAAUAACGUGUUGAGGAUCCACGAUUUCUUAUACACUCAUUGACAUGCCUGAGCGUCGUGCUGAUAAGGUGGUCGAUAACAGCCAGCGACCUAUCAUGUCCCAGACAUGUUCAAUUGGAGAUAGGUCAGGCGAUCGUGGUGGCCAAGGCAAACGGUUGAUGCGAUGUUGAUAUAUGAAGGCUAAUGAUGUUCUGGCAACAUCCGGUCUGGCAUUGUCGAAAAACGAAAACUUAACAGAAAACCUGACUAUUUUAUCACUUGUUGUUCAUGGCAAGAUAAACCGAUAUGUAAACAAUUCUUGAAUAAACAUACGUAGGUGGUUACCUUUUUUAUCACUCAGUAUAUUUAGCGUUUGAAUUUUAAUAGAUUUAUAUUUUAUGGUUAUAUCAAUGUCCGGUCAGGUCCAUGUGGGUUAACAAAGAACUUGAGCUCUUUUGUCACAGUAUUAGCUUGCAGGUUUUUCAUGAAGUAAGAAAAACACGAGUAAAGGUGUGAUGAGUAUGGCAGUGUAAUCGUGAGGUAACGUUUUACUGCAGAAGUGGUUGAUAAAAGGUUGCACCAAACCCAGAUUAUGAGAGAUUCAAUUAAUUCUGGAUGAAUAAAGGUGUGGAAAUGCUGAUUAUUAACUUGUGUGUUGAUAGAUACUAGUCUAUCAGAAAUGCAUUUUAUAAUUUUUUAUCAUUGCACGACUGACUGAAAUAAUGUAGAUUUACAGUUGCUCUAAGUAACGUUACCGCAACUAUUUUGUAAGGAAUUUCUUCCAAGUAGACAUAUUUACUGAAGUGGAAAUGAAAAUUACGUUUGUGUCACACACUUUAAGAUAUAUUUGCAUAUUCAUGCGUGUAUCUAAUCAUACAAAGUGUUGCUAAGUAACUAGCAACUAUGGCCUCUAUGUCAUUUUAUCCUUGUAUGUUGUAUCCAGAUUUCAUUGCUUAAUUAUGUUUUGUUCAGAGUUCAACGGAAAUUUUGUUUUAUGACAACUAUAUAUUUGUAAUUUAAGUGUUCAUCACAAGUCUGUAUAUACGGAUUCCAUCAGAACCUAACUUAGUCGUCUAACCUAUUUGGGAGCAGUGUCUGAUUGAAACCACGUCACUGAUUUCCGUAGGUAUGUCUGUCUGUCCAACUAUGGUCUGCCUGUACCUUGAAAAGUGAUACUCGGAUACUGAUGAAAUUUAAUCAUACCAAAGAUGAAAAAGCUCAGUAAAUUUUAUAAAACGAAAAAAAGUAAAAACCGCUUAAAUUUCAUUUUUUUAUGUUUCGAAAGGUUCUGUUUAUUUACGAAAAAAAAAUUGUAGAGGUCAAAAAUUUGGGUUGAGGUUGUCGGGAUCGGGAAGAGUGUAUCUCAGUUUCCAACCCCGCUAAUUCCAUGCACCUAUUAGAACAUAUAUCAUACAUUUCCACGUAAAACUUGGAGAAAUAUCAAACAGGUGUGUCGUGUCUAAGUCGCACUUGCCGUGCGCUACGAACUCCGGUGUGCACAAAAUCAUUUUUGAGACUACUGGCUAAUCUUUCUCUACCACACUGCUGGGGCAGACCAGCAAAGCAUGGCUGACGUUGCCAGAUGGACGAUCCAUUCAGUAAAGGCAGGAAGUAUCCCAGUGCUAUCAAAUGGGGCAUGAGCCUGUUUGGCUCACUUGAUAUAUUACCUUUUUAUGGUAUGUAUGAUCGUGUAAGCUUACGAAAUAUCUCAAACACAUUUUUGCAUGCGAUAAACUCUCUUAAUCUCUUAAAGAUACGGGCGAUGCAGUUCAAUUAUUGCGUGGAGGAGAUCGCUUCUCAGUCCAAGUAGUGCGCUUUGUGGACUUGAUUACAGUGUUGAUGUGCUAUUGGGUGUAGUGUUUUGGUUACCUGAAAGGUGAGCGAUCACUGAUUGUUUCCUUUAUUCUACUGUACUGCAUGGAUUGACAACUAUAACACUUUUAUAUUCAUGAUCAUGAGUGUCGUAAGCCAUAUUUAUAUAGAAGCUUUGAUCAUAUAGCCCUAGUUAUAAACAUACUUUGAGCAUAUUCAUACUGACAAAGAUGCUUUGAUUAUAUAUCCAUAACUAUAACAAGGCUCUGAUCAUAUAUCCACAUUUACAAAGAUGCUUUGAGCGUAUAUCCAUAUUUAUAAAGAUGCUUGGAUCAUGUAUUCAUAUAGUAUGUCUAUCAUUGGCUUACGGACUCAAUAAUUGCGUAUAAGGAUAGGGAAGUUAGGUGGCUCAUACAGGGGUGCAUCCAGUCACUGGGGUUGUUAUGGGACUUUAGUGCCCGAUUGCUGGGUUUAGGUGGUUAUGUUAAUUAUUGCUCGGUUUCCUCUACCAGGGGAAACGUCAUAGCGCUUGGGAUGUUGACACGGCGGCCUUUGGCCGAAGUGGCGUCCUAGGUCUGAUGAAUGACCGCUUAACCAUCUUCUCUUGGUAAUCGCUGGCAUCUGAAUGUAUCUCAUGGCAGCAUGUGUGAAGGGGUUGUUACUUUAAAUGGUCGUCUUGCUCGGUUAUCUCUGAUUCAGGGGUAACGUCGGAGAUUUGGGGUAUUGACACAACGAGCGUUGGCUAACGUGAUAUCCCGGUUCCUGGACUAUCUUUUUAGUAACAAUCGUUAAACUCAGCAUAUCUGUCUAUAUGCCUGGAUAUCACACAGGCUGCUGUGUGCUUAAAAUUGCCUAAGUGGACUGUGUGUCCCAGGACUGUAUGUCCCAGGGGGGGUGCCCGCAUUCUUAGGUUCUGCGGACCAGUAUAUGAUAAAAAAAAAGUAAAUAAUGAUGAAUUGGCAUCACUGCGGAUAAUUAAUGUAAUCCUCAGGUAGUGCAUGUUAUGAGUCAGUUUUAAUUUGGGAGGUACUCAAGUCAUUUUUCUAUAAAUAGAUAUUGGCCCCGACAAUCCGAUCGUAUCGCCCUUAUCGCUUGCCAAAGAGGGAUAACUCGUUGCCGUUACGUCACCAAGUAAGUGGCUUUAAUAUUAUCCUGACAUUGUUGCCCAUAUCGAAUUGUUCACGUACUGCCCUUGUAGUAAAAAUGAGAAGGUACAGGGUGGUACUUCGAUGGGUUUGUGGUUUUCACGUUUAUCGUUAUAUUUAUAAUAUUAUCAUCUCUUUCGUAUCCUACUAUCGUACUUAACUUUUUUCUUAUAAUAAAAAUCUUUUAUGAACUGAUGACAGUGUUACGAGAGAGGUACAGAGUCGACCUACUUGAUGCCAUUUCCUUGGGUAACCAAAUAUGUAUGAUUACUUUGCCAAACUCAUCUAAAGAUUCACAGACUGUAUCAAUAGAUUCCAUUUUGAAUUUAUUUCGUAGUUUGGUUCCCUUGUGACUGAAACGCAUUGGACUAUAAAGCACCAUGUGACUUAACACUAUAGCAUAUGCCACGAUUACAAUUAAACAUUGUAUACAAAUUAUUUCCCAAUUUCAGCCAUGUCAAGGUGUGAAAAAUACCGAGGGAAAUUCCUUAUGAAUAUAAAUAAUACUGAUUAAGGAUUUUAUUCGAAGCGUCACGUAAAUAUGUAUUGAGAUACAAGUAACGAAAACAGUUUGCUGGUGGUAAUCCUAGCAUUUGAGGCCAAACUUGAAAUGAGAUGUUAUUUUGCUUAGUACAUAUCUAGAUUUCUUUCUACGGUCUUUGGCCAUUACGUCAGAUUGUCAGACGAAAUAAGUAAACGG